UUCUGUUCACUUCCACCGCACAGCUAUGUAGUGAAAUAGUUGUAGUGUUUUAUUAAAAAUGUCCACUUUAAUGUGGUCGUGUCCGUGUUGUUUACGGUUUAAAUUCAGCCCUGAAGAGAUCGAGCAGCGAUACAAGUCUCUGGAAAUAGACAAGAUGCUUGAGAAAGACAAGCAAGCCCUAAAACGGCAAGUGAAGCUGUUACUGCUGGGAGCUGGGGAGAGUGGCAAAUCGACUUUCCUCAAACAGAUGAGAAUAAUCCACGGGAUCAAGUUCGAGAGCGAGCUCGUGAUGGAAUACCAGCAGAUCAUUUACCAGAACGUGAUCAGGGGCAUGCGGGUCCUGGUGGACGCGAGGGACAAACUCGGGAUUCCAUGGGGGGACCAGUCGAAUGCCUCUCUAGGCAAAGAAAUGCUCCAGCUGAACGUCCCGCUGCUGGAUUCCAGGACGUUCAUCCAGUUUUGUCCGUUGUUGAGCAAGCUGUGGAGGGACACGGGGAUCCUGAGGGCCUUCGAUCGAAGAAGAGAAUUUCAAUUGAGCGAUUCCGUGGAAUAUUUUCUGAAUAAUUUAGAAAGGGUAUCCCGUCACGACUACAUCCCCAACCACCGAGACAUUCUCUACUGUCGCAAAGCCACGAAAGGAAUCACCGAGUUCCAGAUUCCCAUCAACAACAUCCCGUUCUUGUUCGUGGAUGUGGGGGGGCAGCGGUCGCAGAGACAAAAGUGGUUCCAGUGCUUUGACUCAGUGACUUCGAUUUUAUUUCUCGUGUCGUCUUCCGAAUUCGACCAAGUAUUAUUAGAGGACAGGAAAACGAAUCGGUUGGAGGAGUCGAGAGACAUUUUUGACACGAUAGUGAAUAACAGGAUAUUUAUUAACGUUUCUGUUAUUCUUUUCCUUAACAAGUAUGAUUUGUUGUUGAAGAAGGUGGCGAACCCGGAGACGAACAUCCACUGGUAUUUCCCCCAGUUUGCGGGGAACCCGCAUUCGAUCAACGAUGUGAAGGAGUUUAUUUUAGCGAUGUUCACGGGUGUGAAGAGGGAGUCCAAGAAGGUGUUGUAUCACCACUUCACCACCGCCGUGGAUACCGAAAACAUUAAAGUGGUCUUCGAGUAUGUAAAAGAGAUUAUUUUACAUAGGAACUUGGAGAGUCUCUUGUUGUAAUACUGGACGUGUGAUAGGCUGUGUAGGACACAAUUUUUAGCAAGACUGACUAAGUUUAAUUAGUCGUAAGACUCGAUUUUAACGUGUGCGAGUACAAUGUAGGAAAUUACAAAAAUGUGAUAUUUUUUAAAGUUUGGGGACGACCAAAGAUUCAAAUUAACAGUAAGCUUUCACUCACAUUUCUGUAAUUUUUAUUUCCACAAACAAGUGAAUCUGACAACUGUAUUGUACAACAAAUAUUUAUAUUACAGUAGUUUAUAGAUCUGUUAGUAAUACUGCCAAAUGUGCCUCAUCAUUUUUACAUAUUUAUAAUAGUAAUUACAGUUUGUGUAAGAUUAAUCCAGUAUGUCGGGUUUUUUUUUGUGUAAAAUAUUGUAAUAUAUUUUUAUAGUAGUUUUAGGGACUCUAGUAAUGUGAUCUGAUUUUAGAGACGGCCUAAAUCGAUCUGUUUCAAUAUUACUCGUAUUUUUGUACAUAUGUUGUAUUUUAUAUGAAUUUUGGACUUUUGGAAAUUCUACCGGUUUUUCGGCAGCUUUGUAACGUUCAUAUUUACUGUAGCAUUGUUGGAGUAUUUACAGGAAGUUUUAUAGUGCCUUAAACACGUGUUCUAAAAAUAUACUCAAUUUUACAGCGUAAACAACGUAAUCCUGAAUUUAUGACUCUCAUUGUAUAUUAAAAUUGUAUAUAAGUAUCUUAUUUCUUUAUAAAUAUUUUUCUAAUUGUUAAUAAAAAGUAUUCCUAUA